UAACAACCCUCAAUUAAAAUGUAUCAUCGCGGACUUUAAAGAUUUGACUCAAUCGGAUAGAAGAGAAGCACCGGGUGGAUUUAGUUAGGCGUCGCUGAACCGGACAGUCUUGAGAUCGGUGUUGUGAGAGAAAUGCAACUGAGACAUGCUUUGUGCAGGAAAAUAAGCGCACCGGGACGCGGGGGACACAUUUCACACCCCAAAUCAGACGUCAAAGCCGAGCAGAGAGAUCUGCUGCUCCAGGCUUGAUCGGACCAGCCAGUUGUAUCGGAUCGAUCCAGGCAAAGCGGCGAGGCCCCGGGGGCGCAGCAGGCCGUUUAGCCCGGGAAACAAACCUCCGCACGGGGCCGGGCUGAGACACACACACACCGCUCUGUUUUCCACACACUUCCAGAGGCUGGAAAUUUCACCCGCUAUUCCAUAGAAAACAAUGGCGUCCUACGUGGACAACAGCUUUCGGCAGGCGGUGAUGCUGAACCCGGCAGACAGGACGCAACAGGAUUUGGAAAUUGUGUAUUCGUAUCUACAUGGGAUGGAGGCGCUGUCCAAUUUGAGAGAACAUCAGUUAAGGAUGAUGUGUGAAACUGUACGCUAUGAACGACAUGAAGCAAAUGAAGUUCUCUACUAUCCGGAUGACAUCGGCAGCUGCUGGUACAUCCUGCUCUCUGGUUCAGUGUUCAUAAAAGAAUCAAUGUUCCUGCCCAGAUCCAGUUUUGGGAAACGAUCUGCUGGGAGUUUACGCCGUGGGUGUGAGUGUAUCGUACUGGAGCCUUCCGAAAUGAUUGUGGUGGACUAUAUGGAUGAGAAUGAGGAAUAUUUUCAGCGCCAGGCUUCGCAUCGUCAAUCUCGCCGGAGAUUUCGCAAGAUCAACCAAAAGGGUGAAAGGCAGACCAUCAUCGACACGGUGGAGCCAUACCAGGCAGGGAAGCCGCCCAUAGCCCGCGGGUACCACACGCUCCCAGCAGACUUCAGCAGGCUGCACCUGGCUGACGGGAUCCACCCACAGGUGACCCACGUCUCGUCCAGUCUGUCAGGAUGUAGCAUCACAAGUGAUUCUGGGAGCAGCAGCCUGUCUGACAUCUACCAGGCCACAGAAAGUGAGCCUGGCGACAUGGACCUGAGUGGUCUUCCCGAGACCGCAGUCGACUCUGAGGAGGACGACGAUGAGGAAGACAUCGAACGUGCCUCAGAUCCGCUCAUGAGCCGAGACAUUGUCCGUGACUGCCUGGAGAAAGACCCCAUGGACCGUACAGAUGAUGAUAUAGAGCAAUUACUGGAGUUCAUGCACCAGCUGCCAGCCUUUGCCAACAUGACCAUGUCCGUAAGGAGGGAGCUGUGUGCGGUCAUGGUGUUCGCCGUGGUUGAGCGGGCUGGAACCAUCGUCCUUAAUGAUGGCGAGGAGCUGGACUCGUGGUCUGUGAUUCUGAACGGUUCGGUAGAGGUUACGUACCCUGAUGGCCGCACUGAGAUCCUCUGCAUGGGUAACAGUUUUGGUGUUUCACCAACCAUGGAGAAGGAGUUCAUGAAGGGGGUGAUGAAGACCAAAGUGGACGACUGUCAGUUUGUGUGUAUAGCACAGCAGGACUAUUGCUGCAUCCUGAACCAGGUGGAGAAGAACAUGCAGAAGGUGGAGGAGGAGGGUGAGAUCGUCAUGGUUAAAGAGCACCGCGAGCUUGAUCGCACCGGCACUAGAAAAGGACACAUCGUCAUCAAGGGCACAACAGAGCGUCUGACCAUGCACCUGGUGGAGGAGCACUCAGUGGUAGACCCCACCUAUAUUGAGGACUUCCUGCUUACUUACCGCACCUUCCUGUCCAGCCCCAUGGUGGUGGGCAAAAAACUGCUGGAGUGGUUCCACGACCCCAGCCUCAGGGACAAGGUUACACGGGUAGUCUUGCUGUGGGUAAACAAUCAUUUCAACGACUUUGAGGGUGACCCCGAAAUGACACACUUUCUUGAAGAGUUUGAGAACAAUCUGGAAAGAGAGAAAAUGUACGGCCACUUAAGACUGUUAAACAUUGCUUGUGCUGCCAAAGCAAAGCUGCGGGUGGUGACUUUGACCAAGCCGUCUCGUGAGGCUCCUCUGGCCUUCAGCCUUCUUGGUGGCUCUGAAAAGGGCUUUAGGAUCUUUAUUGAGCAUGUGGAGCCUGGAAGUAAGGCUGCAGAAGCGGGACUCAAACGUGGAGACCAGAUCUUGGAGGUGAACGGACAGAAUUUCGAGAACGUGCAGCUGUCCAAAGCUAAUGAGAUCCUACGCAACAACACACACCUGUCCAUUACUGUGAAAACAAACCUAUUAGUUUUUAAGGAGCUCCUGGCACGACCUGAGCAUGAGCAGGAACAGGACCCCGAUGAGGAGCUGGACAGGAAAAAUGGGGCUCCCCACAUUCCCAAAAUUGGGGACAUUAAAAAAGCGAGCCGUUUCUCCAUUCCUGACUUGGCCGUAGAUGUGGAGCAGGUGAUGGGUCUGGAGAAAGCAAGCAAGAAAGCCAAAGCCAACACGGUGGGCGGUCGGAACAAGCUCAAGAAGAUCUUUGACAAGACCCUCACAAGCAUUUUACCACCUAAACCGUACAAUGAUGUUGGUGUUGGCCAGUCCCAGGAUGACAGCAUUGUAGGAAUGAAGCAGUCGAAACAGAUCCCUCCUGCUCUUCCAGUUAGUGGAAACCUGUCAUCCAGUAACCCUGACUUGCUUCAGUCACACCAUCGCAUACUGGAUUUCAACAACCAGCCAGAGAACGUCUCCAUCAACAUGUCAGACCAGGUGCUGCGAGUCUUUAAGGCCGAUCAACAGAGCCGCUACAUCAUGAUAGGCAAGGACACCACGGCCAAGGAGGUCGUGGCUCAGGCCAUCCGGGAGUUUGCCCUGACUGCUGCUCCUGAAGCUUAUUCGCUGUGUGAGGUAUCUGUCACCCCUGAGGGUGUGAUCAAGCAGCGGAGGCUCCCGGAGCAGCUCUCUAAACUGGCGGACAGGAUCCAGCUUAGUGGCAGGUACUACCUGAAGAGCAACAUGGAAACGGAAACUCUAUGCUCGGAUGAAGAUGCUCAGGAGCUGCUGAGAGAAAGCCAGAUCAGUCUGUUACAGCUCAGCACGGUGGAAGUAGCCACUCAGCUCUCCAUGCGAGCCUUCGAGCUCUUUUGCGCCAUCGAGCCCACCGAGUACAUCGACGAUCUGUUCAAGCUACGCACACACUCAUCCGGACUCUCGAGUCUCAAGCUGUUUGAGGAGUCUAUCAAUCGUGAGACCUUUUGGGUAGCAACAGAGGUUCUGCGAGAACCCAACCAGCUCAAACGAAUGAAGAUCAUCAAGCACUUCAUCAAGAUUGCCCUGCACUGCCGCGAGUGCAAGAACUUUAACUCCAUGUUCGCCAUCAUCAGUGGUCUGAAUUUGGCUCCAGUAUCUAGAAUGCGAGGAACGUGGGAGAAGCUUCCCAGUAAGUAUGAGAAGCUGUUCAGCGACCUACAGGAUCUGUUCGAUCCGUCCAGAAACAUGGCCAAGUACAGGAACGUCCUAAACAGCCAGAACCUGCAGCCUCCAAUCAUUCCUCUGUUCCCUGUUAUCAAGAAAGACCUGACCUUCCUCCAUGAGGGCAAUGACUCCAAGGUGGAUGGCUUGGUAAACUUUGAGAAGCUGCGCAUGAUUGCUAAAGAAAUCAGACAUGUGGGCAGGAUGGCUGCGGUCAAUAUGGACCCUGCGCUCAUGUUCCGCACCAGGAAGAAGAAGUGGCGGAGUUUGGGGUCUUUGAGCCAGGGAAGUGCCAAUGCAGCCGUGUUGGAUGUUACCCAGACCGGUGGGCAUAAGAAGAGGGUGAGAAGAAGUUCCUUCCUUAAUGCCAAGAAAUUGUAUGAGGAUGCACAAAUGGCCCGGAAGGUGAAGCAGUACCUUUCUAACCUCACUCUGGAGACCAAUGAGGAGAGCCUGCAGCUGCUGUCUAUACAGUGUGAACCGUCUGUUAACACACUGCCCAAGGGUUCAGGGGACAAAAAAAGACCGGACACGUCACCUGUGGUGGCACGAGCCGCUAUCCAUCAGCGUCAACAGCUCCAGAAAUCCAACCAGGCCCUGCAGGUGCCAAGUGUUGCCCUCUAUCCGUCUCGCAAGAAGGUGCCUGUUAAAGACCUACCGCCAUUUGGCACAAAUUCUCCAGGGUCCCUGAAGAAAAUACUGUCUCUGUCAGAGGAAGCGAGUGAGAGACACAGGAAGCAGGCUGAAGAUGCUGUAUCCAGUGCAUCUUCUCAGCUCUCAUCCCCUCCUUCAUCACCCCGAAGCUCUCCAAAGAAAGGUCUGGUACGAACAGGUGAUAACCUCUCCGACUCUGGUCACAGUGAGAUCUCGUCUCGCUCCAGUCUGGUCAGCACUUCCUCUCUAGACAUGGGGCACGACGAGCGGCGUCUCCGAUAUGGUCAUGCGGUCAGCGAGGGACAUGCUGGGGGUCAUGGAGUUCACCGGCUAGAGCGCAGGGCCACGGCUGACCCGGACCAGUACAGUUUAGGCUCGUACUCCUCAGUGCAGGAUUGGCGUGGCUUGUAUGCAGGCACUGUUGUGACCUCCUCACCCAGUUCCGAGGAGCUGAGUCAGGACCACGGUGACCGCGUCUCUCUGGAUGCGGCAGACUCCGGCCGAGGCAGCUGGACGUCCUGCUCCAGCGGCUCACACGACAGCAUCCAGGCCAUGCAGCAGGGUCGGAGCUGGGAGGCAGCACUGGCAGAGGGAGGGCUGUGGACCGCACGGGGCAGCUGGGCAUCAACCUCGUCAUGUUCUUCCUCAUCGGCGGCCUGCUGGGGGGACGAGUCGGAGGGGGACACGGGCACCAUAAAGCGCAGAGGAGGGAAAGAUGUGGGUGCUGACCCUGACACCUGCAGUAUUACCUCUACAGGAUCAGAGGAGUCUAAACAGCAGAGCCGUCGGCCCUCACCCAUCACCGCUGGUACUGGCAAGAGCACCGUGGCUCGUAAAGACGGUCGGUACCGCGAUCCCCCUCCGACUCCGCCCGGCUACACAGCUCUGUCCAUCUCAGAGGUCACAGAGGGAAGCACACAUGCCACCAGGAAGCCUCCGGACUACACCACAGCACUUCAGCGCUCCCGCCUCAUCACACACUCGCCCAAACCAGAAACAGAAUGCGAGGGAGAGGAGGACGAAGAGGAGGAAGAAGAGGAGGGAGAUGAGCAGGUCUCGGCUGUGUGAUCUGACGACUCUCUCUGCGACUGGGCUUUCGCUGCAGCGGCUGAUGUCCUGUCAGGCCGUCAUUAGCAGACAGCCAGCCAGAGCAACCAAUCAUCACCUUGAUGCCACUGCCUGUCUCUCUCCUGAUUGGUGGAUUCAUCUCCCUUCUCUGCCUUAAAGCAUCAUGAAGGGUUUUCUCACCCUGCAUGCUUAAAUACUGUGAAGAAAGGAAGAGAACGUUCAGAACGUCUAAAGAAUUAGCAGGCACUUUGGAAAACAGAUUAUUUAGCUUCAAGUAGGAAAAAGAACUGAGACUGAUGAACACAAAGCGGUGCGACAUUCAGACAGACCAAACUGCCAUCGAAAGUUACUGACACACCGCCUUCCUUCCUCAACCUUUCACAAUCAUUUUACCCAGAAGCACUUUUUAAAUCAGUUUUACAAAACAAGAACAAAAUGCACAAUGUCGUCUUCUCACUUUUGCAGUAUUAUUGAGCAUUUAGUACAUUAACUGGAGAUGGAACUGGAGUUAGAAACACAAUGGGAGAAGCUGGUGCAGCUCUGCCUUUGGGUGCAUCAUCAGACCCUUCACUAUCUACAGAGCACCUCAGUUUACGUCAUUGGGUGCUAUGCAAAUGGCAAUAUUCACUGGUUGGUUUUGUGUGAGGUUAGGAACACAGCCUUAAUGCUGAGGGAAUAAGGCAGGGCUAAACUGAGGGCUAAUUAUACUUAAGCGUCUAUUAAAUAACCAUCAGUCACCCAGUCACCGUAAAACAUCCCAAAUCUGCGAAGCAUCCAGUCACCCUUAAAACAUCCUAAAUGCCACUAACCCAUGAAACAUGCAAAAUCAAACACCAAACAUCCAGAGUCACUGAGCCCAUGCUAAAGAGUGCUGAAUCAUCCUGUAACAUCCUGACUCUUGCAUGAAUUGUCCUGAAUUAUCCAGAAAACCUGAUAAAUCAUUCAGAACAUUCUGAAACAUGUCUUUCUCCCAAUUUUGACCCAAUUGCAUUAUGCUCUCGGACAUGUGAGCAGUAGCCGACUGCAUCUUUUCACCUGCACGAGGCGAGUUCAUAUGCCGAUCAGCCUUGUGCACUGAGAGACACAACCCUGAUCGGCGUUAUUCCUCUACUCUGUGCAGACGCCAUCGAUCAGCCAGCAGAGGUCGUAAUUGCAUCAGUUAUGAGGUCCCUAUCCAGCUCUCUACCUGGAUGAACAACAGCCGGAUGGCAGAGCUGAGAUUCAAUACGAUGUAUACGAAAUCCCAGCUCUGGUGUGCUAGCGUAUUUUACCACUGCGCCACCUGAGCGGCCCCGAAACAUGUUUUAAUCAUCAUUACACAUCUGGAAAAUCCAUACAUUAGACUGAAACAGUCUGAAUUUUUCCAAAACAUCCACAAUAUUCCAUAAUAUGAGCUGCUUGGAUGAUCACAGAAACUCGACAUAGGAAGCUGUGUUUUUGUUGGCUGCACUAAACCACAGGCAUUGCGUUUAAUAUACCUGUAUUUGUUCUCACCAUUCCUCUUUAUGGGGAGAGAAGCAUUAACACUGAUCUCAACAAGCGCUUAAUUCAAAAUUUGUUAGGUUUGUGACUGUGAACCCCUAGAAAAAUGAAUGCUUGUCAUUUUUAAUGCAUUUUCUUCUCAGAAUAAACAAUACAGCAUAAUGUGAUUUGCCUUGCCUAAAAGUAAAUUAAAAUGGUUAAAACUAUGA